AUGGUUCGCUCAUGGCACCGCAUUGACGGGGUCAAAUUUUCUGAGCUUAUCGUUAAUUCAUCAUUUCUUUACUUAUCGGAAAGUUUGAAUGUAGAUCAAUCAUUGCAAAUAUUCACUGAUGAGUUUCUUAAAAUUGCUGAUCAAGCAGCUCCUCUUAGGCCUCUUCAUUCUCGUUUUGUUUCUGUGGCCCCAUGGUUUGAUGAUGAUUGUAGAUCAUUGAAAGUUAAAUGGAGUCAGUGCAAUCUGGGGAUUGUAUUUGUUAAUGCUCCAUUGGAUGUCGGUGGAACCUGUGCAUUGUUGGCAUUUGAGGAAUGUAUGGGUGCUGAUAUUUGUAAAGUUGUACCCGUCUAG